CUCGCAUCUCGCGACCAUCAACCCACCCUCGCUCGCCAUCAUGGUCCUCGUGCUCGUAAUCGGGGACCUCCACAUCCCUACGCUCACCCAUGACCUUCCCGCAAAGUUCAAGAAGCUCCUGGUCCCGGGCAAAAUCCAACAGAUCCUCUGCACCGGCAACGUGAGCGACAAGGAGACGCUUGACUACCUCCGCACGAUUGCGCCUGAACUGCAUGUGGUGCGCGGCGAGUUUGACGAUAACUCGCACUUCCCCCUCUCCCUCACGAUCCCUCAUCAGAGCGUCCGCAUCGGUGUUGUGCACGGCCAGCAGGUCGUCCCAGCGGGCAACCGCGAGAUGCUUGCGGCCCUCGCGCGGCAGAUGGAUGUCGAUGUGCUCAUCAGCGGAGGCACGCACCGAUUUGAAGCAUUCGAUUUUGAUGGCCGCUUUUUCGUGAACCCGGGGAGCGCGACUGGUGCAUGGAGUGGACUUGACGGCGAUUCGACACCUUCUUUCGCCUUGUUGGAUGUGCAGGGACCCGUCAUCGUUACUUAUGUGUACCAGCUUGUGGACGGCGAGGUGAGCUUGGGGUGAAGGCAUGGGCUGAUAUCAGGUCAAGGUUGACAAGGUCGAGUAUCGGAAACCAGACCCACCACGAGACGGGCAGCCGGACCCCACUUCGGCGUGGUGAUCGACCAGGUUGUACGGGCUUGUAUGCGACGAUUGGCGGUGACGCUCUGCAUCGUGACGCACUGAUCAUCGACUGACUCUGGAGGUAUGAGGCCGUCCGCAUCGCGAUCCCCAGGUGGUCGAGAUCGACCUGGACCCGACAAUGACUGGCGUACACGUGUGAUGCGGCGCAGCUGUCCUUUGGGACAAGCUGGCCGUCCUGAGAGAGGUGACGCCCUAGUAGCCUUGCUCAAGAUCAGCAGAGGCAGGAAUCCUCAGCUAAGCUUCUUACCUGCAGCUGGGCUGAAGGGCGAGGUCAAACGCACAAACGCGGCAAAGGCCACUACUCCUCUUCGUUUUGC